UCAGAUUAGUUCAAGGGUCUGAGAACACUGAGCCCCAGUAUGGCACCUCUGAGACCCAUGGCCUCCAAGUUGCAGAGCAGUUUCCCAGCACUGUAUGUCUUUGGAGUCUUGACCCUACUGCUGUGCCCUUCUGGCUUGUGUGAUUGCAGAAUAUUUCCGAGCAUUGCCCAUGGAUCCCAUAAAGACGUGAGUUCAUUUUUCUCCUAUACUACUGUCGUGAAAUAUGAAUGUGAUGAAGGAUAUGUUCUGGUUGGAGAGUCUAAAAUCACCUGCAGGAACUCCCACUGGUCACUUCCAGCCCCUCAAUGUAAAGCUCUGUGUCAGAAACCAGAGAUCAAAAAUGGAGAUCUGUCUGUGGAUAAGGACCAGUAUGUUGAGCCUGAGAGUGUUACUGUCCAAUGUGAUGAUGGUUAUGGUGUGAUUGGCUCUCAAAAAAUCACCUGCUCAGAGAACGGCAUCUGGUUCCCAGCGGUGCCCAAGUGUAAGUGGGAAUUCCAGAUGGGCUGUGAGCAAGUGUUAGCUGGCAGUAAAUUCUUCCAGUGUCUCCCUUACCCAGACGAUGUGAAAAAGGCCCUGGAGAUCUAUAAGUUGUCUCUGGAGAUUGGACAACUGAGCAAGAGUGAAGAGAACACCAUUUCGAAACCAGCACAUCUACCCUCCCCACCUCCGCAAAAAUAGAGAAUUCGGUACAUUUCUCUCAUUAACAACUCUACUAAUCCUUUCUUGAGUACUGUUUAUUGGAAAAAAAAAAUACCCGUGUUAGGAGAAUCUGUUGAUACCCUUAGUGCCACCGAUACUGUGGAGCUGUUGAUUUGUACCUUUGCUCUGCCUGUGCUUCUGCUGCCCUGGCCUUGGUGCGAUGACAGAAAUAAACAAUGACAAAAAUCCAGUGUCUUAGGAAGCCUGCUUCCCUUCCUCUCUCUCUGCCUGCCUCUCUGCCUACUUGUGAUC